CCAAAAUUUGACAGGAAGUCUUGGAAAAUUAAAGUGGAAAUUUGCAAGAUUGCAUCCGUCUAUUCCCCUUCAAACUGAACAUCGCUGGCUUGCAUACUGAUUCGUGUGAAAUAGUCCUCAUCAUUGAACACUAUGAGUCUUGAAGAACAGUGUGGUCGCAAAAGCGAAUCCAAAAGAAAGAGAUCGGAGUCGCCUGUGUCCAUCAAACAUGAACACGUCUACUGCAGUGAAGAACCAAGUGGUGACGAAUACAAAAAUAUAAGUGUGAAGUCAGAGAGAGCAGCUUCUCCUACACCCAGCCAAAUGUCUUUAAAGUCACACUGCUCAAUGGAUCCACCAACCAACCUCAAAGGCAGAGAAAGUUUUCCUUCCUGUUCAAGUGUGAAGCCAGAGAGACCAGACUCUCCUACAUACAGCUACAUGUCUGCAAAGACAGAUUGGUCAAUGGAUCCACCAACCAACUUCAAAGGCAUUCAAGCUUUUCCUUCGGGUAUAAGGAUUACAGAAAUAACAGAGACUUCACCACCAGUUCCCAGUUACAUGAACAUGACAAGCAACAACCCAAUGGAAGUGACUGGAAACUUUUCAAGAGGCAACACAUGCAUACUAAGGGCCUCUUCUCCAACACCAAGCCAGCAGUCGGCAUUGUCAGACCGGACAAUUGAACCACAAAAAAAAUUCAAAAGUGAAGAAACUAACCCUUUAGAUUCAAGACUGCUGAAAGAGCAUUUCUUGAGGUGUCCAGUCUGCAAAUCAAUUUUGAAGGAUCCAGUCUCCAUCCCAUGCGGUCACAAUUACUGCAGAGAUUGUAUUAAUACAUUCUGGGACAAUUGUGUAGAAGACUACGUCUGUCCACAUUGCAGUAAAGGGACCAAAACACGUCCGGUGCUUAACACAAAUGCAGCUCUUGCUGAAGUGGUUAAGAAUCUGCAGCAGGCAGGCUUCAGUCCGGCCCUUCCACCAUUCUCGCAUGCUGGACCUGAAGAUGUGGCCUGUGAAUUAUGCUCUGAGCAGAUAUUAAAAGCAGUGAAGUCUUGUUCUACCUGUAGUGUCUUCCUCUGUGAGACUCAUGUCAAGAACCAUUAUAUAAAACCAGCACUACAGAAACACACACUAUGUGAUGUAAUCGGAGGCAUGGAGAACAGACUCACUCCGCAGCACUGGACAACUGACAACAUCUUCGGUAGCAGUGUCUGUGGACAGCAGGAUCAUACCGAUCAUGAGAUUAAAACUCAAGAUAUUAUAAAGGAGGAGACAGACAGGUGCUUCUCAGAGUCUCUGUUGAACAGCUCCAUGCCAGAGACAAAAUCUCCAAAAGAAGCUGCAGAAAUCACAAGUUCUGAGACAGAGGCCAAUAAAGACAUUAUUGAUGUUCGAAGUAUUGCGCUGAUGUGCUCCACACUACAGCAAGAGGUUUCAGGGCUUAAAAAAAGCCUCUCAGAGUUAAAGGAAAAAAAGCAUUCUGAUGAGUAUGAAGAGGAUUCUUAUGAAGAAGAUGAUGAUGAGGACUGUAGUGAGAAAGAUUCUGAUGAAGAGAAUGAUGAUGAGGAUAUCUUAUAUGACAGUUAUGAUGAGAUGGAGGGGUAUGAAGAUGAUUAUGAGGAGGAGGAGGAUGAAGAUGAGAAGGAAGAUAGUUAUGAUUUGGAGGACAUUGAAGAUGACACAAGUUACAAAGACUAUGAUGAAGACAUUUCUGAGGAUGAGGACGACUAUGGAAUCUGAGAUGAAAAACAUCCAGUUGUUUUGAUAUGCAAUAUUAUCAGAAUAUGCAUUCGUACGUAUCACAACAUUUUGUCAAUAUAAUGAGCUUUCCACCAUUGCAUCGUAUAACUUGCAUCAUAAUUGCCUUUCUGCUUUAUUAACAAUGAAGCAGAUGACAACAACAGGAUGACAUUUGAUUUUUAAAAACACUGUUACAAUACUGUUCAGUGAAGAUGUGGGCAGUGAUUUUCAGGAGGUAACUGGACUAUGAUUGUUUUGUCAUAAUAAAUUGCAAAGGGGUAAGAAAAUCAAUUACAGUGCAAUGAUAAUCUCAAACAGACACUUUCCAAAGAGACUGUAUGUUCAAGAGGAGAAAAACUCACUAUGACAUUGUAUGUGUCCAUAUUUGCCUACAGCAGAAUCUUAUCCUAUUUGUAGUUCAAACAUACUUUAAUGCUUAUAGUUUGAGACCUAGUGAGAUUAAACUUGCUUCUUUGUAGAAUCCAGGGGCAGAGCUAUGUGGUGGUAAAAGACUGGCCACCCCACUCACAGCCACACCUCUCCAUCCUGGGUGUCACUGUAUCCACUCCCCUCUGUUUUUGUAUCCACUCGCCUCCGACAAUGAUGCAAUAUUCAAUUGCAAUAUUCAAUAUUCAGUUAUAGUCAUAUCGCCACCUACUGACAACAGCUAAUUCCAGGUCUUGUACUUUAACAAACUCCUCUUAGAGAUUUAAUCAGAUCAACAUCAUAUUCGGUCAGUCUAAUCCAAUGGCCUUGGUGACAUUAAAUUGCAAAUCUUUUGAGUUUUCGUGUCCGUGGCAGCCUGACAAAGUUUGUUAUGAAACUAAUCAUAUUUUUGAGGACUAAACAUGCUCGAAAGUUCAUGAAACUUUGCACACACCUCAAAAGUGGUGAAAAUGUACAUCUGAUACAGGUUUUAGAAUUAAGUGUUGCAACAAAGCUCGAUAGCGCCACCUACAAAAUUUCAACAAAACAGCCCUCGCGCCACGUUUCACCUUGAUGUAAGAAAAUUGGUAGGCAUAUGUAACAUGUCAACUCGUACAAAAAGGUCUCUUAGAGCUAUAUCCUAAACCCAAAAGGAAGUCAGCCAUUUUUAUUUAAAAUUUUUGCUCAGUUUUUGCCAUUUUCAGGCCUCGUAUUUUAUCAAAGUUCUCUUAGAGAUUACAUCAUAUCAACCUUAUAUAUGGUCAGUCUUAUCUAAAGGGCUUUGUGAUGUUAAAUUGCAAAUCUUUUGAGUUUUCUUUGAACAGCGUGUCUGUGAUGGCCUGGCAGAGUUCGAUGUUCCCCAAACUUUACAUGUUUGAUAACAGUCCUGGCCUGAAUACACCUAUAUGCCAAUAUUAAGUUAUAGUCAUAGCGCCACCUACUGGCAACAGGAUGUGACAUGUUCUGAUAUAUAGUUAUAAAAGACGUUAGUGGCUUACCUCAGGAAAAAUGAACUGUCCAGGCAGAGGCAGCUGAAUUAGACCUACUAAACUGCCUGAGAAAAAUGUGUUGUAUUGUUUAAAUAUCUGCUGUGGUAUACGAUUCUGUCAGGCUAUGUGUCAGUAUCAUUAUUCUGAUGUUAUUUCUGUAUCUUUGAUCAAUUUUGUUGUGAAAUAAAAAGCCUUU